AUGAAGAAAGGUGAUAAAGUUCAUGUAGUUUUGGUGCCAUGGUCACUGGUCAGCAUUUGGCCAUUUGAUGCCAUUUUUCCAGCUCACAAUUGCUUUGGCCAACUCAGGAGUUCAUGUUUCACUUGUUUCCACUCCAAGAAAACAUCCAAAAGACUCCCCACAAUUCCUCCUGAGAUCCAAACUUCAUUUGAUUUGGUUGCAAUUCCAUUACCAACCAUGGAUUCUAAUCUAUUACCUGAUGGUGCUGAAGCUACCAUAGACAUCCCAUUUGAAAAAAUCCAGUACUUAAACGUAGCAACUGAUCUCCUGAAAAAUCCCUUUAAAAAUUUCAUAGCAGACAAGUCACCUGAUUGGAUCAUUUCGGAUAUAAGGACUUGUUGGGCAGCUGAAACAGUGUAUUUCGGCCGGCCGGAAUAUUUAACCGGCGAAGGCCAGAAAGCUGCUCGGCCAUCUGUAGAAAGCCUAAUGACAAAGCCUCCGUGGGUGAAAUUCGAGUCGAAAGUUGCUUAUAGAAAGCAUGAAGCUGCGAGAGUUCACCGUGGAUUUUAUAGUGCAGAUGUUUCAGGUUUGUCCACUGCACAACGGAUAGCAAAAGUUGUGCAAGCAAGUAAAGCUGUAGCCAUAAGAUCAUGCCUGGAAUUUGAACCCGAAUACUUUAGACUGCAAGAAAGGAUCUCUGGAAAGCCUGCAAUUUCUGUAGGUUUUCUUCCACCUGGAAUAGGAAAACCAACCUUAGCAAACACCUCUGAUUUUCAGGAUGAUGCUUGGAACAACAUUUUUGAAUGGCUUGAUCAACAGAAGCCAAGAUCAGUGAAACCAAGUUGGGCGAAUACAGAUGAUCCUAGUGAUACUGAUGCUCUUCCUUCAGAUUUCAGAUCCAGGGUUGCCGGGAAAGGGGUGGUUAAAAUAGGAUGGGCACCACAAAGGGAGAUUUUAGGCCAUCCUUCGAUUGGGGGGACUAACUCGCGUUAUCUGGUUGAGAAGGGCUUAGCCGUUGAAGUCGACAGAAAUGAAGAUGGAUCCUUUACCAAAGUCGCAAUAGCUGACUCAUUGAGAAGAGCUAUGGCUAUUGAAGGUGGUGGGGAGGCAGCCGCGUUAAGAGCUCGUGCUGGUGACGCUGCUGCAAUUUUUGGAGAUGAAAAACUUAACGACGGAUGCAUUGAAGCCUUUGUGAGGUACAUGAAGAUGAAUGGUACGAGGAAAGAAUGUCAUUUGACAAGAUAG